GCUGAGCUACACGAGCUCCCGUCAUGGUGCCGAGGCUGGAGCACGAGUUCCUGCUCCCCAACUCCGAGCAGGAGAACUCCCUCUUCCUCCGCGCCCUCAUCUCCGUCGUCUCCGGCGACGCCGUCGUCCCUACGCUGCACAUCGAGCCGUCGACGCUGCCAUUUGCCGUUGCCGCUCCCGCUGCGGCGUGUGCAAGGUGCGGCGUCGACGGGUGCCUCGGCUGCGACGUCGUCGCCACGACCGGCUCGAGCAGCGAGGGUGAAGAGUUCACCGCCGCGAGCUUUGUGAAGGCUGGCGGCGUGCGGAAGCGGCGCGCGACGAAGGGAGGCAAGUUCAGAGGCGUGCGGCAGCGGCCGUGGGGCAAGUGGGCGGCGGAGAUCCGCGACCCACACCGCGCUGUGCUCAAGUGGCUCGGCACCUUCGACAACGCCGCCGAGGCCGCGCGCGCCUACGACGUCGUGGCGCUCGAGUUCCGUGGCCACCUCGCCAAGCUCAACUUCCCUGUGAUCAGUGUGACUGAAAGUGCUACUAGCACGGAGCGAAGGACAACGGGACUAGUUUGAAUGGCAGUAGCGUGGAAUUUGGUGUAGAAAAACAAGAAUCGUGGGAGGUUUAUUCAUUACUUGGUAGCAACAAGGAGGAAGAAGCCGCCGUUCUAUUCAAGAUCAGUCCAAAUGGUUGAUUCGUUGCUU